AUUAAGAAGUUUUUCAGUCGAACCUUAGAACAAGAACUCUCACAUUCUGAAAAAAUGGCAGAAACCGCCUCACCGGAACCCGAAAUCGUCGCCGACGAGACCAUUCAGAAGCGAGGCAGAGAGGAUGACUUAAAAACUGUAUCCAAGAAGCAAAAGGUUGACGCGGAAGAAGAGAAGAAACCAUCCGGUCCUGUGAAAUUGGGUAACAAAACUUUCGGGUCUUCUUUGGAGUUAUUCGAUUACUUCAACACUUUCCUGCAUGCUUGGGGUCUUAAUCUUGAUGUUAACAAGUAUGAACACACAAUGUUACUGGAAUUACUUAGGAAAGGUCAUCCAGAGCCCAAUGAAAAGAUUGCUGGAGAAAUAAGUGCUUUCCAAGUCCGCAAGCAUCCUACGUGGAAAAGCAAGUGUUUUUUUCUCAUUAGGGGUGAUGAAUCAGCUGAUGACUUUAGCUUCCGUAAAUGUGUGGAUCAUAUUCUUCCCUUACCAGAAGCGAUGCAAGUGAAACAUGAUGCAAACAGAGCAUUAGGAAAGCGCGGUGGUGGUGGGAAAGGACGUGGAGGGAAAGGGAAAGUCAAGACAUGAGUAAAGUGAGUGACUCCUGACUACUUGGUCUUGGACUCUAGGUUGUAUUAUAAGAUUAUUAUCUAUAGUUCAGUUUUUUAAUUUCAUGUUAUAUUUAAGCACUGGCCUUUUGCAUCUUGAUUGUUAAUUAUAGAUGAAACAGUUUAAAUUAA